AUGAAUUUUAUAACAAACAAAGUUGAAGAUAAAUUAGGUGUUGAUUUAAAUGGUGAUGGUAGAAUCGGUGGUCCCGGUGUGUCAGCCAAACUAGAACAGGCUACUCACGUUGAUAUGAAUCGUGAUGGAAUUAUUGGUGGCCAUCGACCAACACCAGGCGGAGGUCUUGUUGGUAAAAUUGAAACAGCCACUCAUAUUGAUCUAAAUCGUGAUGGACGUAUUGGUGGAGGACAGGGUUACCGGCAUUAA